GGUAUGUAUUUUGAGGUGGGACUUGUGAAAAGUCUUAAUUUUUGGGGCGUACCGAGUGAAGAAGAGCCUGUUUUAUUGUUUGCUUGGGAUGUAAUGAUUUUGCUCAGGCCGAGAAUUAAAGAACUAAAUUGUCGAACUGAUUUGUCACUUAUUCUACCCCCCACAAGGUGUUUUGUGCACGGAAAGAUGGAGCUACCCGACUGGAUUGAUUUGGUAAAAACUGACGUCCUCAAAGAGCUUGCGCCAUAUGAUCCUGAUUGGUACUACAUAAGGGCUGCUUCCAUGGCUCGAAAGCUCUACUUGAGGGGAGGACUUGGUGUUGGUGCCUUCCGAAGGAUUUAUGGUAGAAGCAAGAGGAAUGACAACCAUCCGCCCCAUUUUGGCAAGAGCAGUGGGUCUGUGGCUCGUAACAUUCUUCAGUAG